GCAACCAAUCAAUUUCGUGGAAACCCACUAUUCGUUCAAAUCGUAAUAAACCCCCAUUGACAAUUUCGUAUCAAAACUCGUUCGUUCUCUCUAACAAAUCUUCGUGUUCAUCAAGCAAACAAACUUAACAAAACCUAACAUGCCAAUUUCAAAACCACCAAAUAAUCUCAUUAUCACAUUCACAUAGAUCAAACUCAAAUUCGAUUUUGCGCUUAAACGAUGCUUCCAUUAUUGAAGCUUGGAACCCUCGCUUUGAAAACGCUGAGUAAACCAGUUGCCAGUAGACUCAAACAACAAGCUGCUAUUCAUCCUAGAUUCCGUCAACUCAUCGUUAAUAUGGCUCAGUCUAAUCAUCAAAUUACAACAAAGAUGCAAAGGCGUAUAUAUGGUCAUGCAACGGAUGUUGAGAUUCGGCCUUUGAAUGAGGAAAAAGCUGUUCAGGCUGCUGUAGACCUUAUUGGAGAACUCUUUGUCUUCUCGGUUGCAGGUCUUCUCUUGAUCUUUGAGGUACAAAGAAGUGCUAGAUCUGAAGCACGGAAGGAGGAGCUACGAAAAAAAGAUCUAGAGGCUAUGAGGCAAAGAAAUGAUGAAUUGGCAGAAGAAGUAGAAAUUCUUAAGCAUAGAUUUGAAGAACUGGAACAGCUUGCUCGGGGACGUGGACUCACUGGCAUUCUAAAUUUCAAAAACAUCAUCAGUAGUAAGGAAGAUGGGAAGACAGAGAAAACGGCUUGACCUGAUGAAAAGAAUAAUUACUUUUCACAAUUUUUGUUCAUUUAUCUUUGGCAGAAAUAUAAUUUCUGACAAAGUUUCUGAUUCAUUUGAGGAUUUCCUCGACAAUUUUUUUUACCACAGUUGCUAACUUCGAAUUCUCUAUUUGUACUGAGAAUAUGGAUAUUUCAGUUAUUGAAAUAUUCUCAUUGUAUUGGUCAAAAUAAACUGCAGAGACUGUAUAGUUUUUGGUGAAAGUCAAAGAUGAAUGAGUACAAAGUGAUUGCAUGUGUGCAUUGCAACAUAUCAAGGGUCUCGUGUUCUCUUUCAUUUAA